AUGGCUUUAUCGACUGGUCAUGUCGCUGGCCAACUCCGACACUUGAUUUACUACCACCUUGACAACAACCUGAUCCGAAAUGCGCUCUUCCUUGCGUCCCGUCUCCAUGCUUAUGAACCACGAUCUUUUGAGGCGCAAUACCUCUUAGCUCUUUGUCACUUACACAAUGGCGAGGUGAAGGCAGCUUACGAAUGUAGCCAACCUACUGGCGCUCGGGGUCUGCAUGCUGGCUGUGCCUACGUCUAUGCCCAGGCAUGUCUUGACCUUGGCAAGUACCAGGAGGGUGUAGCAGCAUUGGAGCGCAGCAAGAGCACAUGGGCAUCAAAGAACCACUGGAACAAACAUAAUGAAACCCAACGACAGCAUUUACCUGAUGCAGCUGCUGUGUAUUGCCUCCGAGGAAAAUUAUACCAUGCGCACAAAGACAUGGAAAAUGCCGUGGAUUCUUAUGUGACUUCCCUGAAGCUCAAUCCCUUCAUGUGGGAUGCAUUCUUAGGCUUAUGCUCUGCUGGUGUCGGUGUCCAUGUCCCGAAUAUCUUUCAACUCAGUCCCGAAUUACUUGCCAUCAUCUCUUCAUCCUCCAAAGACCUAGAUGCACUUUCAGAGCAUAUUAGCCCGACGGAGGGAGCCUUCCCAGUACAAACCACUGGCAACUCUGGAAUCGACCCUUUUACUGCCACAUCCGCACGUGGCGAUCAUGAACCUCCUACAUAUGGUAGCUCUGCUCUCUGGGAGAAACUGAAUGGAAGCUCAGUCAGUGUUGCAUCAACAGCGCCACCGGUAAUUCACCAUGAAGGAAUGGAAACCCCAGGUGGCCAAAGCAGCGGGUCAGAUGAAUUCCGUAUUGCUAAUGGAGUUACCGACCCUGAGCCACCAUUGGCUCCAAUGAGAAAGAAUCGAACGAUACAAGCCAUGAGUCUAGACCACACAGGCCACCCCGCCCCUAAGAUGCGUCCAACUGGUAUCCGUCCUCGCCCAAAACCACGAACUGAGUCAGACGAGCCGCCAGUUGCAACAUCUGGCAGAGAACCUCCGCCAGCCCCGCGCAUUGCUGAUCGCAAACGCACUGUCUCUGGCCAAGUCGCCCACCCGCUUCCACCGCAACCCGUUGAGCCAGGUGCUCCCCAGCGCCGCAGUAUUCGGCUUUUCAACCAGAUCAAACCUGCCACCAGCAAACCCUUCAACCCGAACUUCAAUGAUGAAACUGAGAAGGACGGUCGUGAUGUGAAGGAAGUGAAGAAAGUUAGAGGUGCGACCAAGGGUCGUAAUGGAGCGAAUUCCGGUGUCAGUCGAGUUGUGAGUGGCAAUCGGAAGCCUAUGGAGGCUUAUGACAGUGAUGGCAGAGAACAUCACCGCAUACCCCCGGUUCCUCCCCUUCCAAGGAGCACAGAGAAGACCAAGGAGAUCGAUGCCUUGAACUGGCUCUUGGGCCUCUUUACAAAGCUUGCUUCGGGAUACUUCUCAUUGAGUCGUUACAAAUGCCCCGAAGCUAUUCAGCACUUCAACUCUCUCUCCCAGGGCCAGAGAGAAACCCCUUGGGUGCUAGCCCAACUUGGCCGGGCCUACUUUGAACAAGCGAUGUACAACGAUGCCGCAAAAUACUUCUCUCGAGUCCAAUCAUUGGCCCCAUCCCGCCUCGAAGAUAUGGAGAUCUACUCUACCGUACUCUGGCACUUGAAGAAUGACGUGGAACUCGCCUAUCUGGCACAUCAACUGCUGGAGGUAGAUCGACUCUCUCCGCAGGCGUGGUGUGCGGUUGGCAAUUCAUUUUCCCACCAAAGAGACCACGAUCAAGCAUUGAAAUGCUUCAAACGUGCGACCCAGUUGAAUCCUGAAUUUGCGUAUGCGUUCACCCUGCAGGGACAUGAAUACGUCUCGAACGAAGAAUACGACAAGGCAUUAGAUGCAUAUCGUAAUGGUAUCAAGGCAGAUGCUCGCCACUACAAUGCCUGGUAUGGUUUGGGAACUGUGUACGAUAAAAUGGGCAAACUUAACGAUGCCGAACAACAUUUCCGCAAUGCUGCGAUGAUUAACCCUACCAACGCAGUCUUAAUCUGCUGCAUCGGACUAGUCUUGGAGAAGAACGAAAACCCGAGAAACGCUUUGGUUCAUUACGAAAAAGCUUGCUCCCUCGCACCGCACUCCAUCCUGGCUCGAUUCCGCAAGGCUCGCGUACUCAUGAAACUCCAUGAAUACCAAUUUGCUCUGGUAGAAUUGAAGAUUCUCAAAGAUAUGGCACCCGACGAGGCAAAUGUACACUACCUUCUAGGAAAGCUGUACAAAACCAUGCACGACAAGCCCAAUGCAAUCAAGCACUUCACGACGGCCUUGAAUUUGGACCCUAAGGCUGCCCAGUUCAUUAAAGAUGCCAUGGAAUCAAUUGAUGACGAAGAGAUGGAGGACGAUGAUGUGGCCAUCAGCUCAUUCGUAGUGGUGACUGCCUCGCUCUUCGCCAUCGGCCAAAAGUUUCCUCGCGCAGCAUUCGUCGCCCGUUGUCUCGCUGCCUACGGCUCCCUCCUUUUCUGCGCAGCCUAUGGUGUACUCGCAUCCAUUGUCCUCCGCCUCGUCGGCUACGGUCGAGUCUCCCAAUGGGCCACCGCCCGCAGCUUCAAGUGGGUGAUGCGCUUCACCACUGGCGUACGUUUCGAGAUCACCGAAGGCGAGGAGUACCUGUCUACCCGCCCUGCUAUCUUUGUGGGUAACCACCAGACCGAGCUGGAUGUCCUCAUGCUGGGCCACAUCUUCCCGCCUUACUGCAGUGUCACGGCUAAGAAGUCUCUCCGCAUGGUUCCUUUCCUCGGAUGGUUCAUGUGGCUUUCCCGUACCGUUUUCAUUGACCGCGCAAACCGCGCAACCGCCAUGAAGGCCUUCGAUGGUGCUGUUGACGAGAUGCGCACUCACCGCCAGAGUGUAUUUAUCUUUGCGGAGGGAACCCGGAGUUACUCCGAUGAGCCUACCUUGCUUCCUUUUAAGAAGGGUGCUUUUCACCUUGCUGUCAAGGCUGGUGUGCCUAUUGUGCCGGUUGUCGUCGAGAACUACUCGCAUAUUCUGUCUGUUCGGGCUAUGCGCUUCAAUGCAGGCACCAUCAAGAUCAAGGUUCUUCCCCCCAUUGAGACCUCAAACUUGACACCUGCAGAUGUUGACCAGCUCACCCAAUCGACACGCGACUCUAUGCUGGAAACCAUCAUGGAGAUGGCACAAACACAAGAAGAGAAGGUCGAAUCUCGCAUCAGUGGUGUUUCGACGGCUGUUGAAAUCUGA